UCGAAAACCCUAGCAAAAAAAAAGCCCAAUGGCCAAGAAGAAAUCCUCCGCCGCCGCCGCCGCCGCCGCCGCCAACGGCAACGGCCACCACGCCGCCGCCGACGGCAUCGUCGUCAACGGCAACGGGUUCCACGCGGAGGCGAUGGAGGUGGAGAAGCAGGGGGGCGACCAGAAGGCGGAGAAGCUCAAGGCCCUCAACUCCAUCCUCCUCAAGGAGGCAGCGGACCGGCGGGGGCAGGUGGCGGCGCUCACCAGCCGCCUCGACGAGCUCUCCGCGGACGACGCGGCGCUGGCCGCCGCCGAGCGCGCCGUGGCGCAGGCCGCGCUCGCGGCGCCCCUCCGCGCCGCCGCCGACGAGGUCUCCGCGCUCCGCGCCCGCCUCGCCGCCGUCGAGGGCUCCCUCCGGUCCGCCGAAUCGAGAGGGGCGUCCGAGGCGGCCGCCAAGGACGAGGCCAACGCGCGCCUCGAGGCCGUCGCCGAGGAGAAGGGCCAUGUCCUGAAGCUUCUCCGCGCGAAGGAGGCGGAGGUGGCGUCCGUGUCCCACAAGGUCUCGAAAUUGGAGGCCAUGGUGGCGCAGCUGGAGAGGAACAACUCCGCGCUGUUCGGUGAGAAGGAUGAACUGGCGAAGCAAUUGGAGGUCACGAAGGAGGAGAUUCGGAUGGUGUCAGACCAGAAGGCCGCGGUGGAGAGGAGUUUGGGCGAGCUCAAGAACACGGCGCAGGCGGACCAGAUUGAAAUGGAGGAGAAAGUGAAGGCGAAAGUGGAGGAAUUGAAGGUGUUGGGUGCCAAGAAGGCGGAGAUGGAUGCGAGGGUGGUGUCUUUGGAGGCGGAGCUCAAAGCUGCUGUGGCUAAGAGAGGGGAAUUGGAGGCUGAUGCCGUGGCGAAGAAGGGGGAAUUCGAUAUGGUGAAGGGCAAAAACGAUAGGCUUCGUUCGGAGGUCGCGACAGCAGUGAAGAAGCAUCGCGCAUCUGAGGCAGAGGUUGAGAGGCUCUGCGCGGAAUUGGGCGUGCUGACAAAGGAGAAGGAGGCAGCUGCCAAGGCGUUUGAUGCUGAGAAGGCGGGUAUCAUGAGGGAAUUUGGGGAGCUCAAGCAGAAGGUGGAGGAAAUCCAGGCCAGCAAGGGAGCGGCCGAGGAAGCAGGGCGUGAGAAGGACGCUCAAGCUGUUAAGCUCAGAAAUGAAUUGAAGGAGCUCCAUGUCUCCAUGUCGCAGCUCCAAGCAUCCUGUGAUGAGCUCGAUACGAAGCGCUCGCUCCUGAAUGAUGAGAAGAAUUCUGUUCAGGAGGCACUGGAUGCUGAGAAGGCUGAAGCGUGCAAGCUGAAGUCGAAAAUUGAGGCUAUUGAGAACUGCAAUGUUGAGAAGGACGGUGAGAUUGGGAAGCUGAAGGUGGCACUGAUGGAAAAGAGGGAGAAGAUCGAUGUUCUAAUCAAGGACAUCGAGCAGCUGAAUCUCGAAGUGGCUGAGGCACAUAGGAAGAGGAAGGGUGGCAUUUGGGCUUGGCUAUAUGCGGCUACGACUACCAUGGUGGCUGCCAUCUCCUUCAUCUAUGCCACCAAGUCCCGGUGAAGGACUUACACUUUUCUUUUUGCUAUGUUCCGUUUUCUGUUUACAUGCUUAUCAGUAUGCAACUCGAUAUGAUAAGGUUGCUAUCUCGCUGAAUUACUCUAUGAUGGUGAUUGGCUGCCACUAUGCAAUGAAGUGAAACUUUUGCUUA